AUGAGCGACGCAAACCAUCAUCACCAUCACGAACAAGAUAAUGAACAUAAUGUCAACGAAGGUGAUAACAAUGGACCCGCUGCGGCUAACGAUGACAGAUGGUUGGGCGAGCGAAACAUUAGAGAAGGAAUCGAGCACAUCCGCCAGCGGCUCGACUCGACCAGAGAAGGACAAACGCUCGUCAGCUUUUUUGUAAAUACUCUGCCAUUCGUCUUACUCUUUUCUAUCAAAUUCAUAUUCGAUCACGCCGGGGACAUUUUCCUCCUUGGAAUUUUGAUUAGCUUCUUCUUGCAAGCCGACUAUCAAGUUCAAAAAGUGACUAGUGGAGCUAUCACCAACAAGUAUUUCAUGGCUCUUUAUACCAUUGGAUAUACCUUGACUGUUUUAACCUAUCUUAGCGUAGGACACGUUGAAGAUUUCAACUUUCAAGAUGUUUUCAGUCUUAAUUUGAAGUAUUUUCUCAGUGGCGAAUUCAACUCGCUGAGCAUGAUUUCAACCUUUUUUGGAAUUGUUGUCAUCGACACCACAUUCAAGUUGAUAACUGUCAUUCCCAAACUCGUGCUUGUCACAUUACCUGACAUGGUUAUCUCUGGACCACAGAGACGCAAACUUCUUCAGUUUGUUGAGUAUUGUGCCCAACUCUAUCGGUGCGCUUUGCCAGUCGGCCCUUGCAUUCGCUUCUUUUUGUUCGGCGGCUCCGGAGUAGGAAUGUUUUCCUACAUCCUUACUUUUUCCUACACUGGACUAAAGGUGGGCGAACUCUUCCGUUAUUCUGGUUGCGUGAGGCGCACUAUGAGAUAUUUGUUCAAGGAAAGCUCGUUUGGAACAACUCCACAACCGCAUGAUAUUGAGGACGACAUGUGCACCGUUUGCCACGAAAACAUGACACAUCCAAUUAUGCUCGAUUGCAAGCACAUUUUCUGCAGAGUAUGCAUUGAAACCUGGCUUGACAAAAACACAACUUGCCCAAUGUGUCGAGCCGUCGUGACCCAAAAUGCGGAUAACGAGUGGAAGACUGGAAUGACCAGCAAAUCGAUUAGAUUCUUCUAA